CGCCGUGAGAGAAUGGAAGCUGAUGUGUUCCUGGCUUUCUGCUUCCAAUAGGUUUGAGGAAAUUUUCGACGAGAUAAAAUUGUAGCAAGUGAGACUACGCUCUGCCCUAGGCAGGACACUGAUGCAGUGGGCGGUACAGGAUUAGAAGGCGUCGUCGGGAGACGGGAAUCGGAGAUCCACUCGAGGACCGGACACCCGCAGCGAUCUUAUCGAUAAGCCCGGGCCGCGUCUCUGUCCAGAAAGAGUUUAGUGAGGGGCACCGCCCCACCAAAAAAUUCCUCCUCACCGAUGGGGUCCGGCAGGCGGCACUGGUAAUAGUGACUGUCUCACUCGGCGGGCUUGUUUGUAAAGAUAUAACGCUUUAUGAUAUCCUGAAACCCCGAGACCAGGCUUUGAACCAUCAGCGUUAUAACCAGACUCAAAAUGGGCAAAAAGAGAGAAAGAGACGAGGCUAAGCCGGCCGAGGAUGUGAAGAUGGCCGACGACAGCUCUGACGAUGAGGUGAGGGACUUUGAUGUCGUCAAUGUCGACUUUGAGUGGUUUAACUUUGACCCCGAGAUCGACUUCCAGGGCACCAAGACGCUCCUGCGCCAACUGCUGGACGUCGACUCCACGCUCUUCAACAUCUCAGGCCUCGCAGAUCUCAUCCUGUCGCAACCCACAAUCGGGUCGACCGUCAAGGUCGACGGCAAGGAGAACGAUGCUUACGCCCUCAUGACGGCGCUUAACAUCAAGGAGCACAGCCAGAAGCCCGAGAUGGCGGAGCUCGCCAAGUACAUCGUCGAAAAGGCCCAGACCAACGACGCCCUGGCCCCGAUCCCCCAGAUCAUCAACAGCGGCGCCCAGGUCGGCCUCAUCAUCUCCGAGAGGCUCAUCAACAUGCCCUCCGAGAUCGCGCCGCCCAUGUACCGCAUGCUGAUCGACGAGAUCGAGGCCGCCGUCGAGGACAAGGAGCCCUACGAGUUCUCGCACUACCUGAUCCUCUCAAAGGCGUACCAGGAGAUCGAGUCGACGCUCACCGAGACGGAGAGGAAGGGCAAGAAGGCCAAGGCCGACACUUCCAUGUGGCACUUCCAUCCCGAGGACGAGGUGUUUGUGAAGCACGCAACGGCUCACGGCUCGUUCCAUUUCACCAACGAGGAGAAGGCGGUGGCGGACAGCAAGCGUGCUUUCUCGGAGAUGGGUGUCAAGUCGCACGGCUACCUGAUCCUGAUCGAGGCCGGCAAGUGGGAGGGCGCGGUCAAGGCGGUAGAGCAGUACUUGAGCCCGCCUCAAUAGAAUCAAUAACGAUGCAUCAUUUUGAGCAAUUUUCCU